AUGAGCGGCAAGGACGAAGUCUUGUUCAACACACCCAAGUGGCUACUUGAUUGGCAGGCCGAAGCUUCUGAGCAAUUCUCUGACUUUUCCCUGUCAGACGAGUUCCAGAAGAUCCACGAGGCGAAGGCCCGUGGCGAAGACCCUUUGAUAACAGUCUAUCAUGUUUCGCAUGAGGACCUCGAACAGUUUUCGGAGGUUAGUUAUCAGUGGAACAAGCCUACGGAAAGUGGAGAUCAAUUGCGUGUGCGCGAAGAGCAUCGGUCGUCCAUGAGCGAUGAAGUAGGAGACGAUGAAGCUCGCAAUGCAAGACGGCUUGCAAAGUUAAAAACGAGAAAAGCCUCGCAGUCUUCCGUUGGCGAUGCACGCAAGGCAACUCGAAAUGAAAUAAAAUCCUCAGCAUCCGGCUUCGCACCACCAGAGGAGACCAUCGCGGAAUCGUCCAAGGCUGGUGCAGCUCGAAGGCCCUCGGCAUCUCUACAUACCCCUACUGCUGGCACUUCGACAGCUGAGGUGGAAAAGACAGAGGUUAAGACACUAUAUGAACCUAAAGCGCCACCUGACUGGCUGAGAGCAAUCUUGACCACCUCACUGAAUCGAGAGCUAAAGCGGCCGGACAAGGAUCGAACCCAAGCUCUAUGUGCAAUCGAGGCGUUCAAGGAUCGCAUUCGACGCUGUGAAGACGCGACCGCCGCUGGAAAACUUAAAGCUCAGCUCGAAAAGCUCUUUGACGAACUGCGUGAUUAUGUUCACAAGGCUGAAGUCUUGCUUAAAGGCGUUGACAAAUACGUCGUGCGUAAGAAAAACAUGCUGACAGUUGAAAAUGGCCUGCCACGGAUUUUCGCGAGCACACAAGUUGACUACCCAUGGGAUUUAAAGGCGGACGCCUGGCAGCUAUACCUCCGCUGGUAUGAGCAAGACUUCAAGCCUGACUUACUACGAGGCAUCGUCACGCGAAAGGAAAAGAACCGCUCCAGUGACAGGAUUGAUCCGGAAUGGGCCAAGAAGAUCAGCCCUAACUUUCAUGGAGAAGGCCAUCUUGUUCUCGGCCAGUGGUGGCCUACGCAAUUGUGUGCUAAGCGGGACGGUGCUCAUGGCGCUCCACAAGGCGGUAUUUGGGGCCAGAAAGGAAAGGGCGCAUACUCAAUCGUGCUGUCGAGUGGUGGCUAUAAAGACAAAGACGAUGGCGAUGAAAUUUGGUAUUCAGGAACCGACAACAAGAAUUCCAACAACAAAGACCCAACGGAAAACACCCAGCGGUUGAUUGAAUCUUGUGAAGAGUUCCCGAACCAACCCGUCCGCGUUUUACGUUCCUCACAGCUUCCGCUUACAAAUCGCUAUCGCCCGAGAGUCGGUUUGCGAUACGACGGCUUGUAUAAGGUGGUUGGGUACGAAAUUCUGGACAAGGCGAAACAGGAACAUCUGUUCAAGUUGGUUAGGUGCGAGAAUCAGAAUCCCAUCCGGUGUGAGGAUAAUGCUGCACGGCGGCCGACCAAGUAUGAAGAAGACGAGUACACGAGACUCAAGAAAGACGGGCGUUACCAGUGA